AUGGCAAGAAAAUUGAAAUAUUUCUUUUUUCAGGAAUUUGUGGGUAAUCCAGUUCUAUUUUCUGAUGGAACAACCAGAUUUGAUAUCGGACAGAGAAAUCCCCAAACAUGUUGGUUCCUUGCCAUGUUAGCCAAUUUAUCAGAGGAUCAGGAAUUUUUCAGACGGGUACUUACAGACGACUCCUAUUAUACCAGCCCAGAUCGUUAUGAUGGUAUAUUUCAUUGUAAACUAUGGAAGUUUGGUCAAUGGCGUGACGUAUACACAGAUGAUUACCUUCCAGUAGGAAUAGAUCGUAACAAACGAUUGUAUAUUUGGACGUCACACUCGGCUACAGACAACAAUGAAAUGUGGGUUUCAUUGAUGGAGAAAGCAUUUGCAAGAUUCCAUGGAUCCUACGAUGAAGUAUAUGGUGGACAGCCCGGUGAUGCGUAUCUAGCUUUAACUGGUGGUGUUUCAGAGAGAAUUGUGUUUGAGGAUCAUCGUAUAGAACCAAUCAAAUUAUUCCACAGAAUAAGAAAUGCUUUGAGAACUGGAGCUCUAGUAUCUUGUGGAGUCUGGGUAAGACAUGCCGUUUUAAAGUUAUAUUUCCGAAACACUGGUAGGUUAAUUUCAAUGAUUUCUACCAUGUUUCAGGUUGAAACCAGGCAUGGUGACCGAGUAUGUCUAUUAAGAGUCAGAAAUCCUUGGGGUAGAGUUGAAUGGAGGGGAGACUGGAGUGAUACGAGUCGCAAAUGGGACGAUUUAAUAGAUGGUGCCAGAAUUCCAGAUCAUGCAGAAGAUGGCGAAUUCUGGAUUUCCAUUGGAGAUUUUCUGAGAUAUUUCUUUCAACUGACCAUUUGCUCCAUAACACCGGAUGUUGAUGUCGAUGGUAGACGAGAUGAUUUAAGUGAGUAUAUUAGUUAUGAAAAAGUCCUGUGA